AUGGAUGCGAUACAACAACGCGAUGAUUUAGGUUCGAACGGUGAAAGUAAUAAUUUAGAAUCGAAUUUUUUACAAGGAUCUAUUGGAAACGAUGAAAUUGACCACGAAAACUUAAGUAACCAGCAUUCUAGUUUGUUUGAUAAUGGUGAAAGCAAACCUAAUUUUGGAUUGGACAAUGCUUUAAAUUUAAAUCAACAAACCUCUGACGAAAAUAAAAAUGAAUUUGCUUGUGUAUUCAAUGUUAUCGAUAAAAAUAUCGAUAAAGAUGGGGUCAAUAAUGAAUUAAAUAAUAUUGAAAAAGGGAAGAAUCCUGAAUUUAGUGUCGAUUACAAUACAAAUAGUAAUGCUGAUGGAUCAAAACUUACACAAAACAAUCAAACUCAAGGACCAGAGCAUAGUAAUAAUGCUAUUGGAGAUGGAUCAAACCAAACUCAAACUAGAAAAUUUUUUAAAAAAGCUGCGUUAUUCAAACAGUUUUUUUCUUGGCGUGAUAAUGAAGACUCGCCUGAUGUUGUCAAAGUUGUAUUUCAUGUACAUUUACCAUUUGCUAUAGAAAAUAAAGGAGAUCCAGUCGUAAUAGGCAAUAUCAAAGAAUUAGGACAAUGGAAAGAGCCAAUUGUUCAACUUCAACUUCCAUCUCGCCAUCAUAACCCAACCUAUUGGAUGUCAGAACCAGUGUCAAUACCAAUUUCCGCUUUUGAUGAAGGCAUCAGGUAUAGAUAUGCAGUUUAUGUUUCUCGAAAACCGGACAAGAAAAAUAAAGAAACGGGUGAUUUCUAUUCCGAAGUCGGUAAAGAAUUUCGCUUUUUAGAAAUCAAAGGUGGUAAUCAGUGUAAUCAGUUUGAUAUAGUGGAGGAAAUAGUUAUUGAUGGUAGAAGCUGUAAGAGACAAGUUCGAGAGUUUGAUUUUUUGGAUUUUAUCUAUCAAUCACUGACCUCUGAAAAUAUCAAGCAAAAGAUUUUAGAAUAUCAAGACAUCUUGAACAAAUUUCAGGCAUUGACCAUGUCUGCCGCUGAUAUUUCAUUUAUUGAAGAUUGUCUUCAGGAAACAAAAUCAAAAGAAAAACGUAUUUUCUUAUGUGUUCUUUUGGGAUAUUAUGUUAAAUAUCGUCAAGCAUAUUCAAUUGCCAAUUAUUAUUCACUACGAAAGAGUUUCCCUUCAAUGCCAUUCAUUGAAUGUCUUGAAAAAUAUCAACCUAAUAGUAUACCCGAGGAUGCACAUGAAGCACUUUUAACAGCUAUCUCUGCAUUGGUUCGGCAUAAUGCCCUUUGUGGUUUAUUUGAUUGGCUUAAAAUGUUUGCUGUUGCUCAUGCGGUUGAUCCAAAUUAUUCGUUUAUAGAAGCUUUGAUAGAUCUAAGAUAUAACGAAGAAAACAUGCAAAAAUUCAUCAAGCAUUAUAUUUCUAAACAAGUGGUGCCAUACAUAAAUAAUAUUGAAAAUAAUAAAACAUAUGCUAGAAUAGCUGAU